AUGGUGGCUCAAACAAAUGAUACUUGCGGGGCUAUUGCAUCGGCAUAUGGCAUCACCGUGUGCCAGUUCGAAGCAUGGAACCCAGCUGUGGGAGCUGAUUGUGGUGGUCUCUGGGUGGAUGAGGCAUACUGUGUCAAAGCAGAUAUAGCGAAUACUACAACGACCACAGGUACAGACAGUGGAACUGACGCUGCUCCGGCACCGACGCAAUCCGGAAUCGUUGCCAACUGCCAGGAAUAUUAUGUUGUUAAGGCUGACAAUACCUGUGCGACCAUUGCAUCGGCAUAUGGAAUUACUGUGUCCCAGUUCGAAGCAUGGAAUCCAGCUGUUGGAGCCGAUUGCGGCAGCCUCUGGCUCGAGGAAGCCUAUUUCGUGAAAGCCGGGACCGCCAGUUCCACGAGUUCCACAACAAGUUCAGCUGCAGCAAGUGUGACUGCUCCAGCACCCAUUCAAGCCGGGAUCCCGAUCACCUGCAACGCGUACGAUGUUGCCAAGGAUGGCGAUGGAUGUGAGCUAUUUGCCUCUUGCAACGGGAUUACCGUGACUCGGUUUUGUCAGUCCAGCUCCGCAUAUGUGGAAUCCUGCUCUGAACAAUGCCUGCUAAAAGUGAGAUUCUCCUUCUGGUUAGGUGAAGCCUAUUGUGUCGGUGUAUCAUCCUAA